GAUGGGACAAAAUAAUUAUUAGAUCUAGGCAACUAGUUACUGAGUAACUUUAACUGAAACCUGCGGUUCACAACUUGUUAGAUGGAUACUUGACAUGAAGCACUCGUUUCCAUAUAAAAACAAUGAAGAACUAUCUUAGCACAUUAAUAGGAGGUAGCAUCUAUGUCAAAGUUCUGUGACUUGCAAAUCCACAUUAAUGAUGAGGAAAUAUUCCUUAUAAACAAGAACUUGAUAUCAAAAUAUUGUGGAAAAUUGAAGAAAAUAUUAAAUGGUGAAAAGAGAAUACUUCAUAUCAAUGAUUUUCCUGGAGGGCCAUAUGGAUUUGAGUUAGCUUUGAAAUUUUGUUACAACAAUGGAAAAAUCUUCAUCAAUGUGUCCAAUGUUCUUAGCCUUUACUCUUGUGCUCUUUAUCUUGAAAUGAAUGAAGAAAUUUUCACCAACAAUCUCUUACAACAAACACAAACAUUUCUUGAUGAUGUCUAUUAUUGGAAAUGGAAUGAAAUAAUAGUAAGUCUCAAGAGUUGUGAAUGUGAGAAAUUUUUUACAUAUGCAAAUAGCUAUGGUUUUUUGGAGAAGAUUAUUUUUGUACUAGUUGCAAAGUUGGUUCAAAAUUCUGAUUUGAGUUUCAUCGCUUCGUCGUCUUCGUCGUCGUCAUUGUCGUCUCCGGAAAAUAAUUUUCCAAAGAGAAUCUCUUUUUCAACCCGAGUUUGUUCUCCGAAGAUAAAUGUUUUAGAUUGGACCGAGAUUCAGGUCGGAUCGAGAAAGAAUUUAACUUUUCACAACAAAACAUGGUGGUUUGAUGAUUUGGCUACUUUACCACCAAAGAUAAUUGAGAAGUUUCUUCAAGGAAUUGGAGCUUAUAAAAGUGAUAAUAAAAAUUUAAUUGUCACAAGAUUUUUGCUUCAUUAUUUGAAAAAAGUUACACCAAGUUACAAAAAUAGUAGUCUUGGAGAAACAGCUGCUUAUGGAGUGAUAAAAGUUGGUAGCAAGAAUUUUUCAUGUAGAGGACUUUUUUGUGUGUUGAGGAUUUUAUCAAAGUUUGGAAUAAGUGAAGAUUGUAGAAUGGAAAUUGAGAAAUUGAUUGGUGGAAUGUUUGAGAAUGCAACAUUGGAUGAUCUAUUAGUUUGUGGACAUGAUAAUGGACUUUACUAUGAUGUUAGUUUUGUGAUAAGGUUGGUUAAAGUAUUUGUUGAAAUCAAUGGAUGUGAUGUGGUGAAAGUGAGAAAAGUUGGUGGAUUGAUUGACAAGUAUUUAAUUGAAAUAUCAGCUGAUCAGAAACUUAAGAUCUCUAAGUUCUUAGAAGUUGUAGAGUGUCUGCCUGGUUUUGCUAGGGAUUGCUUUGAUGGAGUUUAUAGAGCCAUUGACAUCUAUCUUGAGUCUCAUCCAAUGAUUGAAUUUGAGGAGAGUUCAAGAUUAUGUGGAUGUCUUAAUUACAACAAACUCACCUUUGAAGUUUCCAAAGAACUAGCCAAGAACCAAAGAAUACCUCCAAGGAUUGCAAUGCAAGCUCUUAUUUCACAACAAAGAAGUGUUCCAUCAUGUGAAUAUGCAAAUUAUGAAAGUGAAAUCAUUUUGUAUUGUGAAGAUGACAAAGAUGGGUUCUUGGAAGAGAAAGAAGAUGUGAGAAUGAAUCUAGAGAACAUGCAAUGGAGAGUGAAGGAAUUGGAGAAAUUGUGCAAGGAAAUGAAGGUUCAAAUGUCCAAAUUCAAUGGUUUUAAUGUAUAGAACUUCUUUAAAAUGUGACAACAUUUUGUGAUUGUCCUUUUUGGGUUUAUCACUAUCCAACAUAUAUUUUGAGAUAGUAUACAAGAUUUCUUCAAUAUUA